AUGGCAAGAUAUUCCCAGUUCAACUUCUACCAACAAUCUCCAACAUCACUAGAAGUACCUGACGAGGACGAGAUGAGCGUGUUGGACGACAAGAUUCUCGACCCAAUCUCCCCCGGGCUCUCCGAUCCCCGCCGCUCAUCCUACGACGCCCAAGACGCCUUCUCACAUCGGAAUUCCGUCUGGUCCAACUACUCUCACGCCAGUUCUGACUCUCGGCCUCCCUCUCAUCUCGGCCACUCCAUCCUGGAUUCUACCGGCGCACAGUUCAUGCCCGUUGAUGGUCCCCAGUCCUAUUCGCAACAACCCUGGGCUGUCUCCCGCACCGCUUCCGGCUCAUGUACACCUACCGCGUAUGAGCAGUAUCCCCCAGAGUCCGAGAGUACUUCUGCGCCCUUUCACGGCGGUGCAGUAGGCCCCGUUGGGUCGAUUUCCAUGGGUGCUGCGUCGUAUCGGAGUGGGAUGGGUUUCCCGUCUGGUGGGGUCGCUAUGUCUCCGCAGUCGAGCCAGGGUUGGAUGCCGGCGCCCAUGGAUCUGGCCGAGGCUGCGCAGUCGAAGGCUGCUUCUUAUCGAAAUGGAUCUCCGUUGACGCUUCGAAGGGAUGGGAUCCGAAAGAAGAAUGCUCGCUUUGAGAUUCCCGCGGAGCGGACUUUGAGUAAUAUCGACCACUUAAUCAAUCAGUCGAGCAAUGAGGAGGAGAUCAAAGAGUUGAAACAGCAGAAGCGACUGUUGCGCAAUCGACAGGCAGCGUUGGAUUCCCGUCAGCGCAAGAAGCUUCAUACUGAGAAGCUUGAAGAAGAAAAGAAACACUUCACGCAUUCGAUCAGUCAGUUAGAAGACAUGGUUCAGUCUCUACAGAAGAGAGAGGCCGAUCACCAGCGUGAGAAGAACGAGUGGAUGGCUCAGCAGGGACAAAUCACCCAAUACAUCGAGGGUCUUCACAUGGAAAAGGACGAGAUAAUCCGUGUGCAUACGCUGGAGACAGCCGAUUUGCGCAAGAAGAACAACAUCCUGAUGGAGACUGUUGAGAAACUCGAACGAGGCGUAAAGCCCUCGCUGGCUGAUAACCAUAGCGAGUUCGUCGGCUUCGAGAAUCUCAGCAUGGAGGGUCACCCGUGGGAAGAGUUCACCAUGGCCAAUGGUCUCUCGAUGCCUGAGCCGGUUCCUGCUCCACCCUCGCAGGCUCUUGCCAAUGAGCGAGCAUCCGAAAAGCAUCCAUUCAGUUGGAAUGCUUUCUAUAUGUGCCUUCUCUUCGGAGCUUACAUCGCAUCCAACAACACAGUGCUACCCGGCCACUCCCUUCCCCAAAUGUCGGAAGAAUACCGUGCCGAGUCUGCCAAUGUCUUGAAAGCCGUGCUAGCCUCGUCUCCACCAGAGCUCGCCAACCCACUAGCCCACGCAUCCGUAUCCGCUGCCGCACCAGGUCCGAGCAUGACCGGAGUGCAGAUGAACCAGAUGGGUCCCACCCCAACCGGUUCCUCCACUCUGGACGAGUUACACGAUACACUAGUUAUGCCGACUGAGAAUCAGGAGCGUGCCCAGGUGUUUGCCUUGAGUGCAGACCAGUACAAUUCCCUGACUACCUUCGAGGACGACGGUGCCGGAUUCAAGCCCCAACAACCCUCAAACAUGCAACAGGCGCUGGCAGCCAUGCGAAACCAUAACGCCGCGCAGCAUCGUAUGCACGAAGCCUCGACCUCAGACGUCUAUUCCCGCUCAUUGAUGUGGGAGCGCGUUCCGCCCAAGGUGAUUCGCGAUUUCCAGCGUAUGGUCCAGGAAUACGGCGUCAACCCCGUAAAGGAGGAGAUGGUCGGCUUCCAGACAGCCUAA